CUCCCGCACGGCCAUGGCCGCGGCCACCGUGCCCGGCUACUCGCCCGGCUUCAAGAAGCCGCCGGCCACGCUGCGGCUGAAGCGCAAGCGGCUGCGGAGGAGCGAGCCCGGCGCCGCUGCCCCUGCGCCCGGCGGCGCGGCUCCCCGCCCGCCCGCCGCGCCCGCCCGCCGGAACCCCUUCUCCAGCCUGGACAACGCGCCGCGGGAGCGGGGCCCGCGGCCAGCGCCCUCGGCGGGCGGGUGCCCCUCGGCAGCGCCCUUCUGGCAGCUCUUAGAGCCUGUUUGUGAAGAGAAGCCCGCCAGGAGAGAAGAGCCCUCUGGAAGAACCGACAUCCUCACCCUAGCCGACGACCUUCAUUUAUCUGUUGCUGUACCCGAAGUUCCCUCUUCACCAAGACAUGAAUUUCCUGCAGACUGGAGUCUUAAAACACGACUUCUAUUUAUGUCUUCCCAACCCUUUACCUGGGCAGAACAUUUAAAAGCACAAGAGGAAGCUCAAGGAUUUGCUCAGCAUUGCAGAGCUAUAGAAACCAACUUGCCCCAGAGUGUACAGGAACCAAAGCUGUCCACAGAACUGCGUUGUGCCUUUCAGCAAAGCCUUGUUUACUGGCUUCAUCCUUCACUGUCCUGGUUGCAGCUGUUCCCUCGGAUUGGAGCAGACAGAAAAAUAGCUGGAAAGGCUAGUCCUUGGUCACAGGAUGAAGCCUUGCAGCAAGUGCUAAUGAGUGACUGGUCUGUCAGCUUUACUUCUCUGUACAAUCUGCUCAAAGCCAAACUGUGUCCCUACUUCUACGUUUGUACCUACCAGUUUACUGUCCUGUUCCGUGCAGCUGGUCUUGCAGGAAGUGACAUGAUCACAGCUGUAAUUUCUCCCACAACUAGAGGUUUAAGGGAAGCCAUGAGAAAUGAAGGCAUAGAGUUUUCUUUACCUUUAGUAGAAGAAAGUAGAACCAGAAAACAGAAAAACUCUGAAGGAAAUUUCGAAACAGAAGUUACCAACAGUCUCAAAGUGGGCAACUGUAUGGAAGAUGGAGAGGAAGCAGCUCCAAGUGAUGAUGAUGAUGAUGAUGAAAGUUUCUCUUGGCUUGAGGAGAUGGGAGUCCAAGAUAAGGUUAAGAAACCAGAUACUAUUUCUAUUAAACUCCGUAAGGAGAAGCACGAGGUGCAGAUGGAUCAUAAACCUGAAUCCCUUGCAUUAGUGAGAGGAACAAACACAUUUAACUUGCUGAACUUCUUGAUAAACUGUAAGAGCCUAGUGGCUGCUGCAGGUCCACAAGCAGGGCUGCCACCAACUUUGUUGUCUCCUGUCGCUUUCAGAGGCGGAACAAUGCAAACACUCAAAGCUCGAAGUAUAAAUGCCAAAGCCAGGGUCCACUUGGCAUAUGAGAAUAUAUUCAGUUUGGAGAUCGUAGGCCCUGUCAUGCCUCAUUCUCUGCAUUCACUGACUAUGCUGCUCAAGUCUGCACAGAGGGGAGCAUUCUCUGCGGUACUAUACACACAUGAGCCAACUGCUGUGUUUAACAUUGGUCUUGAUAAUGCAAACCCUGCCUUAAAUAAGGAAACCAUAUACAAAGAUCUUCCUAUGUGUGGUCUGCAUCCUAAGACUUUGGAUCAACUGAGUCAGUGUCCGACGUUGGGAAAAUCUUCCAUCAGAUUUCUGGAAAUGAAGGAUUAUGCGUACUCCUGGAAGUCCUAGGUAUAACAAUAGUUCCUUCUAAUGGAGAAGAAUGCUCUCCAGUGUGCAGUUGCUGUACUGAAUUCAGAUCUACAUGGGCAGCACCUAUGCAGCACUGGGAUACAAUCUAGCUGAACAUCAAAGGAACAACUACUGCACAUCACUCAUUAUAGAACUCUUUGAAGGACUUUUGAAGAAGAGGCUCUGGACAUCUCCUCUAGCAUUUUAGAAAGCCUUUUUAAAAUAAAACUUGAUACAAUACUGGGUUUUUUGUCUGAA